AUGGGCCAACUGCCUGCUGUAAGAAGAUCACCUGCACGAGCUUUUCUCCACAUGGGAGCGGACUAUGCCGGUCCCUUCCCCAUUCUCAAAUGGCGACUCAUAAAUGCCCAACCAUCUAUUGUUCAUAUCACAGUAUUUGUGUGUUUCAGUACAUCAGCAGUCCAUUUAGAGCUCGCUUCCAGGCAAACAACACAGGCUUUCAUCGGAGCUUAUAAGAGAUUCACCGAAAGGAGAGGUAUCCCCGAGGUUAUGUACAGCAACAACGCCACUACGUUCGUUGGAGCCUCAGGAGUACUCAACAAGCUGUACAAUCAAGAGUCCAGAGAGAAUCAACAGAUCCAAGCUGCCCUCGCCACAAAUGGGACUCAAUGGAACUUCUCACCACCGAGAGCACCCCAUUUCGGAGGCAAGUGGGAAGCAGUUGUUAAAUCGGCUAAUACAUCAGCAAUCAGCCCUAAAUUAUCACCAGUACAUCAGCAAUCAGCCCUAAAUUAUCACCAGUACAUGAGUAAUCAGGAGAAGAAAUCUAUCGAACAAUCAGGAGAAGAAAACUCUCGAGAAGACGAUCCAGAGCCAAUCAACGAGUAA